CCCAGAAAAAAAAAAUGUUAAAAACUAGGCACCAUAUCCUCCUUUACCAUGCUUUUGGUAUGGUCUAGGCAAAAAUGCAAAUGGGUUAUCACACGCUAUCCUUGGUUGAUCAGGAUUUAAACACUCCUCAUAUUAUCAUAUCAGAUCAUUCCUAGGGACGGGAAACUGUUACUUCUUCUCAGACACAAUUAAGGAGCGCUCAAAAUCAAAUUUUUCUUUGCCUUUAUCAGUCCUUAAAUGCAGAACCAGAGGUCAGAGCAGACCCAUUUAAUGCCAAUGUAAGUAUACAUGGAUUGAAGUGCCUUUUAUGUCUACCUAACACACUUUCUCUAGUCUGUCCUAGCAGCUCCAAUUUUGGACCACUUGGCAGCUGCACCACAGUCACAACUUUAUAGGAGGAAAAAAAAACUGUCUAUAUAACUAAUAGAAAGUUAAACUUGGUGUUCAUCCAUAGUUCUCAUUUCUCAGUACUUUUCUUUCUAGGCUGAUUUGAGGAAUUUUUUUCUAUUGUACCGUGUUUCUUGUUUCUGAGUGUUGAUUUUGGAAGAGAAAUGAGUAGUUAUUUGGGUGUAGGUGUUAGUACUGGGACUGUCCCAGUUAACCACGACACAAAUGCGAAAGUGUUUGAUAGGAGGGUCAAGAUAACUGAGUUGGUGUUGAGAUGUGUGAUCUUAGGUUUGGGAGUUCUCACGGCUGUUCUCGUGGGAACUGAUUCCCAAGUCAAAGAGUUUUUCUCAAUUCAGAAAACAGCAAAAUUUACAGACAUGAAGGCUUUAGUAUUCCUGGUAGUUGCAAAUGGGUUAGCUGCUGGGCUCUCCUUACUCCAAGGGCUGCACUGUAUCAUUCGUAUCCUAAGAGGAAGAGCACUCUUAAGCAAGCACCUAGCGUGGGCAAUUUUUUCUGGUGAUCAGGUAAUGGCAUAUGUAACAGUGGCGGCAGUGGCGGCUGCAGGGCAAUCGGGUAUGUUAGCAAAGGUGGGCCAGGCAGAACUGCAGUGGAUGGAGUUGUGCAACAUGUAUGGAAAAUUCUGCAACCAAGUGGAAGAAGGGAUGGCUAGUGCUUUUGUGGUUAGCCUUAGUAUGGUGGUCCUGUCUUGUAUUUCUGCUUUCAGUCUCUUCCGUUUGUAUGGUGGUCACAAAAUGAAAAUUGUAAAUUGCUAGGUUGGAAAAUACCAUUGAUUCAAGUUAUUAG